AUGUUUUACCCAAUUAAUCUACUUUCCCGUCGACAAAGAGGCAAAUUUGCUGCUUCCUGGCUUGCUUCAACGAAUAGUGAGGCAUCAUUUAAGAAACUCUACACUUCUGGUGUUAUAAAGAAGAUGAACGUUGAACAAACAUGCAAUGAUAUUCUGGAAACAAUACAGUCUUCCAGUGGCAAACCAGAUGAAAAAUUCAGUUUGUAUCUGUCGUCACAAUUAAUGUAUGGUAUAACAAAAAUUCAUUCUUAUCAGGUUGAAUAUUAUGAGAAGGAAAUUUUUAAAUUUGAACAAAAUCUUCAACCUUCUGUAUCAUCAAAGAAGAAAGUGGAUAAGUUUGAUGAUUUUAAGGAUAUUGAAUGUCCUGACAUAGAAUUGCCUAAAAAUUUUUUUAGCACUCAACUCUUGAGAGAAGACGUAUAUAUUCUUCCUGAAGAUCAGCCCCUUGAAAUAGCUAUGCGAGAUGCAGAACUCUUGAAUUUUGGUUGCUUAAAUGAUAAAGAGUUGGAAUUGUUUCUUUGUAAUGACAAUAUCUCAUUUGAGGAAAGAAACAUUAUGGAGGAAUUGGCUGAUAUAACAAUUACAGAAAAGAUUCAUCGACAUUCAUCUCAAGAAUGCCCUAGUCCAGUGCUUGUGAAUAUAUCGAAAAGAAUGACUAAGUCCAAAGGAAAUUUAUCUCUUACUCCACAAAAACGGCAACCGCAAAUUCAACCCGAAACACCUACAAAGAAAAGACGUUUAUCCUUUGACACUGCAGCCAUGCCUCCUGCAGAAAAUGUAGCAGUACCCCUUGUAGAAGAUAUUGCAGUACCCUUUAUUGAAAAUAUUGCGGUACCCCUUGUAGAAAAGGUGGCAAUAGCGGCUCCUGAAUUGCAUAUGGAAAAAACGGGAAUGUUAGUUCCCUUACAACAAACAGACAUGGAAUUGGAAUCAUUAAAUUCAAGCUACUUCGUGAUUAAUGAGCAUUCGAAGAAAAGAAAAAUUAUUGAUAAAAAGAUUGCCUUAACUGACGAAGAACUCGGGAAAUGGCGUCAGAAUGUAAAUAUUCAUAGCAAGAAAAUAAAUAAACCGAUAAAAAAACGUUUGACAUCAGCGAUAAAUCUUCUCAAGGAACCUUCAUACUUACCUAAGCGAUGGAACGCUACUUUACGCAAUCUUUUUGUUGAUCACAUCACCGGACCGUUUACGAGUGUAGAUGAAGAUGUUGCACCUACUGAAUUCGUGCAAUCCCAAGAAGCAAUGCGUGUAGAAGAGACAAUUAGUAAAAAAAAUCUUGCUACGGAAGAUUUUGAACCUGUAGACUUUAUUAAUAUUUUGCCAAUAGCUCACGCGGAUGUAUCAGUGCCACCGUUAUCGGAAGUAAUACCGCAUACAGUUACUUUAGAAGAAGGCAUUAGUAGCUCAAGUGGAAUUUUACAACCCGAACUGACAAAUAAAGAUAUUUUGGCUCAAUUAGAAAUUUUUUGGCUUAACGAGCCAUGCGUCAAUUUCAGUCAACUUAUUCCAAACGACACAGUCACGGCAGAGGAUGCUGCUGAUGCUUUUAAUAUACUUCUCGAGUUGCAUGCACAAAAGAAGCUUAUUCUGCAGCAGACUGAGUGUUUUCGUACUCUGCGAAUUUGGAGAAUGGGAAAGUUGAAUUAA